AUGCCUCGCAGAAGCGGUGGUGGAAGCGGCGGUCGGGGCGGUUCUGCUCCCAGAACCUCGACACCACCAGCAGCUCCCCGGAACAGAUCUUACUCUUCUGCGCCCCCUGUUAACCCUUCUCGAUCAGCACCUCCUCCCCAGCAGCCACGCGGAGAUUCCAUGUUGGGUCGUUUUGCCAGCACGGCUGCGGGAGUAGCUGUAGGAAGUGCAGUUGGCCACACUCUUGUUUCCAUGUUUGGCGGCCUGUUUCCACGAUCCGCACACGAUCAAAUCGCGCAACAGAAUGAAACCCUGCCACCCGAUCAGCAACAAGCGGUAGCUCAGGCCUCUCUCUCACAACGCCUAUUGGGGACUGCAACUCUUUGGGGUGUUGGUGGAGGUGCAUGGUGGUAUAGAAACAGACUGCUUGCACAGACUCGGAACACGAGGGCGGCAGGUCCGAGAGUGGCAGCGGUUGUGGCAGCUGGAUCCGGUAUCUUGGGAUUGGUAAAUCUGGUCAGCUAG